AAGCAAUGACAGAUUUAUGCAUUUUAACACGAUGAUCAAUGACACAAUAACUAAUGACACAAUGAGCAAUGAUUUGAUGAUCAACCCUUCAAGAAUUAGAAGCUCUGCUGCUUCAGUGAAUAAUGAAGAUCCUCUUUGCUGCUGUGAAUACAGAGCUGAUGAUGGAUCAACCUCACAUAUUCUAACUCUCUGCUGCAAUUGUGAAGAUUUUGACAGUUUGGUUGAUGGAUUGAUCCAAGGUGAAGGUAUCCAUGAAGGCAGGUUGACCGGGUUUAUGUCUACAGUAGAGAGCAGGGUCAGGAUACCCUGGAGGGGAGGAGCUGUCAGGCUUCCUCUUGAUAAAUUGAUCCCAGUCAUACUUGUUCCAGCUUUUCUUUGGGUUUCAAGUAUUCAUCCUGUUCUGCUCUUCAUCCUCAUCCUCAUCCUACCCCUCAUUCUUUAUUCUUCUGCUAGAAGUAUAGUACGGUACAGACCUGAAUCCCGGGUAUUCUUGUACACCUCGUAUACAGUUUCUGCAACCUUUCUUAGUAUAUACCAGAUUGAAGUGGUUGGUUUCUCUUGGAUCUCUCCACAUGAUGUUUCUCCCUUACAAAAUAUUCUACUAGUAGUUGGAAGCCUAACUAGUAUAUUCCUGUUUAUCCUGGUGCGCAGACUAAAGGGGAUUCCUGUACCUGGAGAAAAGGGAAAAUACUGCAGGUAGGGUGUCCUGGUAGGG